AUGAGUAUGCUCACAUUUUGCUACCGGAACGGGUCGAGAUUCGGCCGCUACGACAAUGUCGCAGCCGAGAAUAGAUUAAAGCCAAGAUUGGACCUCAACAAGAUCACUUGUAGCAGCCGGCUCUUGUCCACAUUACCGCCGUAUUUGCCCUCCUUGAAGUCGAUUGGGAAACUUCCUCAAGGUUGCGCUUUCGUGGCCGUGCAGAAUAAGUCCUCUUCCCGCGAUGCUAGAGUGGCUGACAUCGGGCUGGCACUUUUGCCUAGGCUGGAGAAUCAGACGUGGCUCAACUCUGAUAUACCACCGUCUCUCAGUCGAUUCGUAAUGGACAAUAGGAUCCCGGCCGAUUCACUCCCGAUAAAUGGUCGGCUACGAGAUGAGGAACUCGAAGCAGAGUCGUUCCAAUAUCCACAUCUUUGGACGUUUCUUUGCAAAAGGCACGCGUCCCUCGAGUUGUCUCGUUUCGGAUCGGAGCGGGAAAUCAACAUCGAAGGCGCAGAACUUGCAAUCCAACAAAUCAUGAAGAGAUUUCGUGAAUUAGUGCCAAAUCAGAAAUUGGUGCUCGUUACCUUUGGCCCACAAAAAGACUUUGAGCGUAUGAACCAGGAGUUUCCAUAUCUACCUUGCUACUUCGACUACUGGACGGAUGUUUCGGCACUGCUCCGACCAGGCGACAAAAGUCCAGCGAACAAUGAAAAGAGAAUAGCAGAAGCCCUUAGGAAAUUGCAUUAUCCCGUCAUUGAUGCAGAGCCUCGUUCCAGACAUCGGGCGGCCAACGAUGCAGUCAGGACCUUGGCUGUGCUAGAUGGGUUAAUAAACCCAAAGAAUGUGAGCAGAUAUCGAUUUGACGGGGAGGCGUCUCGCACGCAGAGCCGAUCCCAAACAGCGCAAGAAAACAGAGUCGCUGAAACUGCCAUCGACUGCAACAUCGCUGGGCCUUCCAACCCACCAAGCUAUGAGGCAACACAGCAAGUCACUGGUGACGCCGACAGCGUGAAGAGGGACGGAGAGGGGCUAAACAUGCCACCGGUACAUGCACCGAUACAAUUACCAGUGCCAUCGCCGGCACCAUCAUCGGUACAAAAAGGGCGAACUCCACAAGACGUCACCAAGUGGACCGAAGAGAUGCACACCCGAGUGCUGGAGGAAAUGCGAAUGUGCCGGGCCACCGCCGCGACAUUAAACAAGGGAGGAGGAUUCGCUAAAGAUGGAGAUUCUCCAAUGCCUUUAAACAACAACAAUUCGGAUGAGGCAUUUAUCAACAGAGGAGAAUCAAGUUCAAGCGGAAGGCUAAGAUCAUCGAGACGGCGCCGGUGGGUGCCAGAUAGGUUUCAGCCUUCGUCGUCGUCGCAUGGGAGAUGA